AUGAGUGCACUUAUUCUUUCAUAUCCAAAAUAAAAAGCUAUGUACAAUCCUUAAAAACCAGCAAUAUUACUUGAAGGAAAUAAUCAAAAAUGCAUCAAAGAAUUUAAAUAAUCACAUUAAUUAAAUGUAGUUAAUAGACUAUAUUAAUAAGAUGAAUAAAAAAAGAAUAAAAUCAAAUUAUUGUAAAAAGAAAAAGAUAUUUCAUUGACUCCUAAAUAGAAAUCAUAUGUUAAUAAAUAAUCAUAAAAACUUUUAAAUAAUUUAUAAUUAAAACCAUUUUUACAACGAUAGGAUGAUGUAUUAUAAGAGAAAAAGAUGAAAGAAGAAUUUUAAAAAUUAUUAUUAAUAGCACAAGAAGAAGAUUAAUUAUAAAAAAAUACAAUUAUUCCUACUAGAUCUCAUUCUUAGUUUAUUAAGGAUUCUUAAAAUUGGGUUGAAUAUAAAGAAUAAAAAAAAUUAAAUUUACUUAAAGAAAUAAAUACAUAAAAUGUAUAUUCAUUUAAACCUGUAUUAAAUAAAAAAUCUUUAUAAAUUGCUGAUUAAAAAAUGAAAAAAAGUAGUUUAAAUUAGGUUGAUAAAGUUGAUCGUCUAUCAAUACUCAUAAGAGAAAGUUUAGAAAAUCAAAAAGAAAAUCAUAGUUAUAGUCCUUGUAUUAAUACAAAAUCUAGAAUGAUAGUAGAAUAAAACAAAUAACAAAGAAGCAAAUCUCCAUGGAAUCGUAAAUGA